GGUCGGGACCGCGGCUGGCGACGGCGGAGCCCCGGGCGGGCAGACUGGACGCCCCGUCCGCCGCCGCCGCGCUUUCCGUGCAAGAUGGAGUUCCUCCUGGGGAAUCCGUUCAGCACGCCCGUGGGACAGUGCCUCGAAAAGGCGACAGACGGCUCCUUGCAGAGCGAGGACUGGACACUGAACAUGGAGAUCUGUGACAUCAUCAAUGAGACCGAGGAAGGGCCAAGGGACGCCAUCCGAGCCCUGAAGAAGCGGCUCAACGGGAACCGGAACUACAGAGAAGUGAUGCUGGCAUUGACAGUGCUGGAGACGUGCGUGAAGAACUGUGGCCACCGCUUCCACGUCCUCGUGGCCAACCGAGACUUCAUCGACAGUGUCCUGGUCAAGAUCAUCUCCCCCAAGAACAACCCUCCCACCAUCGUGCAGGACAAGGUGCUCGCCCUGAUCCAGGCGUGGGCCGACGCCUUCCGCAGCAGCCCCGAUCUCACCGGGGUGGUGCACAUAUACGAGGAGCUGAAGAGGAAGGGGGUGGAAUUCCCCAUGUCAGACCUGGACGCUCUGUCUCCCAUACACACACCGCAGCGGAGCGUCCCUGAAGUGGAUCCAGCCACAGCCAUGCCCCGGUCCCAGCCGCAGCAGAGGACAAGCUCCGGCUCCUACUCCGCGCCUCCUCCUGCUCCCUACUCCGCACCGCAGGCCCCGGCUCUGAGCAUCACUGGGCCCAUCACGGCCAAUUCAGAACAGAUUGCCAGACUGCGGAGCGAACUAGACGUUGUCCGAGGAAACACGAAAGUCAUGUCGGAGAUGCUGACGGAAAUGGUCCCUGGGCAGGAGGAUUCGUCUGAUCUGGAGCUGCUGCAGGAGCUGAACAGGACCUGCCGCGCCAUGCAGCAGCGCGUCGUGGAGCUCAUCUCCCGCGUGUCCAACGAGGAGGUCACGGAGGAGCUGUUGCACGUCAACGACGACCUCAACAACGUGUUUCUGCGCUACGAGAGGUUCGAGCGGUACAGGUCGGGCCGGUCAGUUCAAAAUGCCAGUAACGGAGUGUUAAAUGAGGUGACUGAAGACAACCUAAUAGACCUGGGCCCCGGGUCUCCAGCCGUGGUGAGCCCAAUGGUGGGCAACACGGCGCCCCCGGCGUCCCUCUCCUCCCAGCUUGCAGGCCUGGACUUGGGGGCCGAGAGCGUCAGCGGCACCCUCAGCUCCCUGCAGCAGUGCAGUCCUCGGGACGGCUUCGACAUGUUCGCCCAGACCCGAGGGAAUUCCUUGGCCGAGCAGCGCAAGACGGUCACGUACGAGGACACCCAGGCCGCCAGUGGCCUCACCACUGCACUUGAUCACCGGAAACAGACCUCCGAGGUGCAGACAGGGGAAGGUGGGGACCCCGCCUUGGAGCCCAUAGACAGCUGGCUCCUGACCCAAGGAAUGAUCCCCGUGGCGCAGCCCUCUGUCAUGGACGACAUUGAGGUGUGGCUCAGGACCGACCUGAAAGGGGACGACCUGGAAGAGGGUGUCACGAGCGAAGAGUUCGAUAAAUUCCUGGAAGAACGAGCCAAAGCUGCUGACAAGGUCCCGGACCUCCCUUCACCCCCCACGGAGGCCCCCGCCCCGGCCGCAAACCCCUCUGGCCGGAAGAAGCCAGAGCGGUCAGAGGAUGCCCUCUUCGCCCUGUGAGCUCUGGGCCGUUCACCUCCUCCAGGCAGGUCACCGCCAUUUCCCCGGUGGACCCCAGGCAGUGGCCACCCCCACCCCGCCCCGCUGCCUGCACCUGUGUCUCCAUGGAAACGCCACUAUGUUUGCUCCCAGGCCCUCCCUGGUCAGGACCGGCUUGUGUCAUCUUCUCUCUGGGUGUGGGGUCGGAGACCUCCCCCUCCCCUACAGACCCCUAGGCCCAUGGCCACCCUGGAGGGACAGGCAGCACCCCCCUCCCAUGCCCUGGUGCCUGUCCCGCCCAGCUUGUGGCUUCCCCAGGCAUGCUGCCCCCUCCCCUCCCUUCCCAGAAAGGUCUUUGGGCCCGGAGUCUGGAAGGGCAGGGCCCAACCCCUCCCCUUCCCCCCACGGGCACCAUCUCCCUCCUCGGACUGCGUGUCCCCUUGUGGCACUUGGCGAGCUCAGCACUUUAGAAGGUCCUGUGGGGUUCUCCCCCUGCUGUCACUCAGCUGCCCAGAGCCAGGGACCCAGGGACCCACCCACCCCGGCCAGGGACCCGAGGGCAGCAUCGUGGGACAGGGGACGGCGGCCCGGGGCACCUGACCGCAUUGACUCCCAUACACCAACCCGCACACCUGCACGCCCGCACCCACCUGCACACCUGUCCCAGGAUGCACUGUGGGUUCUCGGGGUGCCUGGCCCAAGGCAGUCUCCCCACCUCUACCUCCAGAGGCCAGCAGCAGAGAGUGGUGCGCCUCAGCCUCCCCCCUCAGACAGCCCUGACAGCCUGACUCCUGCCUCUCCUGUCCCCAGGCACCCUUGUGGUCCCUCUCCUGACCUGACCUUAGGCUGACGGAGCAGGUGGGCGCUGGGACACCUGCUCCGUGAUUCCUGGCCGUGGGCGAGGGACUCACAGCUCCGCCCAGCUUGGUCUGCCCUGACGCCCACCGCCCCCCCCCCACUGCUACGGCUGCGUUGCCCCGCCCCCCCGCCGAGUCUCGGGCCAGCUCGCGGAGUCAGAUCCCGGUCCCUUCCAGUACACGGGUCGCCACAUGUUCCCAGCCCAUGGUGCCAUCUCCCCUCCCCAUCCACCCCCUGCCGCCGCCAGAGCUGAGCAGUGAGGAGGCCCAGAGACCGGGCUGGGGCACCAGCCGGAGCAGUGCCCGUGGAGAGAGGCCCAUUUGCCGCCCAGAACUCCACGCCCAGUGCACCCCCAACCCCCACGGCUGCCUCCCCAGGAAGACCUGGUAGCUGGCCCCGGGGCCAUUAUGUCCGCAGAACCAGUGGGAAAAGUCACACCCCAGUCCUUGGACCCAGCACGCGAUGCACCCCCACUCUGCCCUGACCCCUUUUCUCAGCAUCGCUGUGGCUCCAAGACCAGCUGGGAUGCCAAGGCCUCUGCAGGGCCCGUGGCCAGGAGGCUGCAGGUGGCCCCAGAGGGGUUGGGCAGCGUGAAAGCCAGCCAGGGCUACCUGUGCCGCCAGAGCUCCGCCUCCUUGCUUUUUGGGAAGUUGGAGGCGGGAGGGGAGGGGAGGGGCAGGCCCUGCACCCCGCAAAGCUGUUCUCCACACCAGAGUCGCCCCGCCCCCUCCAGCCCCCACUGCUCUGGGGGCAGUGACUGACAGGAGACCAGUGGCCUGUGAAUGCCCACCUGCUUUCCUGGUCUGCAGCCACUCCUACCUGCCGGGGGCGGGGGCCGCCUGGAAGAGGCGCCCUAUCAGGGCCUGGGCCGCCCCUGCCAUCCAGGGGAGGGAGGGGGCGUGGCCUCGGCAGGCACGCCGGACCCUCGCGAGCCGCCCGCCCCUCCGCAGUGUUAGAAAUCACAGAUACGGUGUGUGCUUAAUUACACUAAAUUAUCGCCGGCAUUCCGCAUUAAGCACUAAUUACACCUGAUGAUAGGUUAAAAUAUUUAUUUUGUCAAAAUAUUUUCUUGGGGAUGCGUUUAACCUUUUCUGUGUUCCUUGUGUGCCGGGAUGUUAAAAAACGGGCCUCCCUACCUCCCUCCGUGGCCAGCCGGCAGCUAGGGCUAGAGCACCCGAGGCUGAGGCCCUCAGGGCCGGAAACUAUCUCACUGCUGGCUUUGGGCCGGAGGGGAAGGGGGCCGUCCAUCUGUCCAUCCUGUCUGUCUGUCUGUCGCCCUUGGUGUGAGUGCCUGUGCCUUGCUCCCAGCCCUGGCCUCCCUCUGCCCACCCCGAGGUCCUGGAACCCAGGGCACCCAUGCGCCCUCCUUCUACCCAUCCAUGCCCACCCCAAAGAGCAGGGGCCCAGCUUCGAGUCCCUUCAGCUGCCCGGUCGGUCGGCCGCGGGGGUGGGGUGUGAGGGACGCCUGCAGCCAGCGUGCUCACACCCCCCCCCCGGAAGUUGCUCCCUGUGGGAUCCACUUCUCCAGCGCCCAAGAGCCAAGGCUUCCAACCUGCAGCCACCAGCCCCCACCCCUGGGGGAGGGGCGGGGAGGAGCCCCAGACCCUCCCUGGGCGCUGUCCCGGCACACCUGUCUCCCAGAGCUUGGACUUGGUCUUGGAGGGUUCUCAGGACUGCCUGGGGACAGGGGGUCGGCGAGGGUAGGGAUGGGGGGCUACCGAACAGAGGCGUGUGUGGAGCAGUCUGGUGUCUCGUCGCUGUCCUGUGUCGCGGUAGGGGCAGAGGUGGUCUGGAGGGUGGCUCAGAGCUACCCCGGGGCACCCAUCCUCUCAACUGGCUCUCUCUCGCAGAAGCCAUCUCUCUCUCUCUCUUUCUCUCUGUUUGAGUCCUUGCAUGUAAAAUACUGCACAAUAAAUAAUUGAGCAAACA